AUGCUGAUAACUGAGACUCAUAGCUGUGGCCAUGUUUACGUCUCAGGAGAAUGGGAUGCCAUCAUAUGUAAAUCCCUCAUCUAUUUGCAUAGCAUUUUGAGAGGCCUCUCCCUCUGUGCCACCUACAUGCUGAGUACCCUCCAGGCCGUCAUCCUCAGCCCCAGAACCUCCUGUUUGGCAAAGUUCAAGCAUAAAUCACCACAGCACAAUUUGUGUUUCCUUCUUUCCCUGUGGGUCUUCUAUAUGACCACUAGCAGUCACUUCUUAAUAUCCAUUAUUGCCACCCCCAAUAUGACCUCAGGUAACUUUAUGUAUGUCACUCAGUCUUGAUCCCUUCUAGUUAUGAGUUAUUCCACAAAACACACAUUUUCCACACUGCUGGCCUUCAGGGAAGCCUUCCUUAUAGGUCUCAUGGCCCUCUCAAGUGUUUACAUGGUGACUGUCCUGUGCAGGCAUAAGAAGCAGUCCCAGCAUCUUCGAAACACCGGCCUUUCUUCAGUAGCAUCUCCAGAGCAAAGGGCCACCCAGACCAUUCUGCUGCUCAUGGGUUUCUUUGUGGUUCUGCACAUUUUGGACAUCGUUAUCUUCUACUCAAGAAUAAAGUUCAAGGAUAAGCCAAUAUUUUAUUGUAUACAGAUUCUCGUGUCCCAUAGUUAUGCCACCGUCAGUCCUUUUGUGUUCACCAGUACUGAAAAGCAUAUAAUUCACUUUUUGAGUUUCAGGUUUGGGAGGACAGCAAACAUUUGA